AUGCUCAAAAGAGAUCAGUGUUGGCGCUGUGAUGCUAUUUGUUCGACUCCGACUUCGAAGAUCCUUUGCAGCAGAUGCGGUGUAGCGUGUUAUUGUAGCGAUAAGUGCAAAGGCAGUGAUGACUUUCGGCAUCAAGUAGAUUGUCAGACGGCUGCUUUGAAGCGGAAGUGCUCUGGAUGUAACCAAGAGAAGAUUGGGUUGAAAUCGUGUGGCGGCUGUCGUGAAGCGUGGUACUGUGAUAAAGAAUGUCAGAAGAAAGCUUGGCCGACGCACAAGCAUCUCUGCCGACAGGUUAUAGCAACGAUCAGCGAAUUAUCUGAACGGUUAAACGAUAUCUUCGAUUUCAAGAAGAGCACAAACUCGCAUGGGGUUGGAACUGUGUAUUACUGGGGGAACACCCCUGCCACAGACGUUAUCAAUCUUCCCUUGAAUGAGGGAUGUGACUAUUCCAAACCUUUGUCGGUUCUUGCCUGCGGUGUUGGAGACCCAAGAAAUAUUGUGCGUUCUCUGUGUGAUCUUCCUGAAGCUUAUAAAGAGGAAAUAACCUUCACUUUAAACGACAUUUGCGCCUGUACACUCGCCAGGACCGUUCUGAUUCUUUAUUUUCUUUAUAAAGGUAAGUGAUGAAGGCCGUCCCAACGACAAUGUUCAGUAUUCAUGAUUGCAGGGGGCGGUGGAGGGAGUUUGGGGGAAGCAUUUUUUGUAAUACCUUUAUUUUCAAAUUUCAUGACGUAAUGCCUUUAUUUUCAAUAUCUGUAUGACCCCCUCAGUGCCCGUUAGGCAACAACAAAACUUGAUAACCUCCCUUUCCGCCAUACUUUCCAUUUUCUAAGAGAGAAUCCCCCGGAGACGAGGUUAAACCGCUGCCCCAACUAUAAACAGUGAAAACCCCCUUUAGGGUAAAAAGAAUCCUGUCCGUACUCAGCUGAGUUUAUGAUGGCCUAAAGGUAUGUCGAUUUACCUAGAGUAGUUUUGGAGGCGUGGAAACAUAUCGUUGUUUAUUUUUCGUAGGAGGGGAAGAGGUUGCAAGUUCAGUGACGCAGAUUUGGUAUUCUUUGCGUCUCAGCGACAUGGUCUAUCGGCUAGUGAUUUCCAGGUUGCAAGAGCUGGUCGAGGCAUCCAGUCUUGAGGAACUGACAAAAGGAACAAUGAAGAUGAACCAGGGCCAUUUUCAAAGGCUUGUUGAAGUGUGGCGCACCUGGCUUGAUCUCAGUUCACGCCAAGAAGACUGGAUAACAGAGGCUCGAAACAAGCGAUUUAAAAGUUUUGACGCACAAGAGGGAAUGGAUCUCUACUUGAAAGAAAUUCCUAAGAAACAUAAAGAAUCGGCAUCUGAUUGGUUUGCGAACGGAAUUCUUUCACCUAAGGAAUCGCGGAAAGAACUGUUGCGAGAAAAUUUUACACUCACCGGUUCCGAUUUCCAACUUAACCGAAACAAGGGCGCCUUCUCUUACUUAAUUCAGUCAUCUGUCCUCCCAUUUGCUGGCUGGGACUACAAUGAAGUACGCCAGUGGGGUCAGUCAGCGUCGCUCCUGAAAAUGUAUAGUGAGUAUGUAAGUCACCUGCUCAAGAAAUCUGCCUUGAAGUUGGCCACUGGGCGAGUCAAGUUUCACUUUCUGUUGUGUAACUGCAUGGAGAUUGCAAGGUUUGUUGCCCAAGGCAGCAGGUUUGACCGUGUGACAACCUCCAACAUCGCAGACUUUGUUCCCUUGCCCAGCAUCCUGGAUACCUACAAGCCACUCUUAAACGUAUGUAAUCCCUUCUCGGUCAUUAUUACAGAGUUUUUAAAUUGGUCAGUGUACACAGAUGUUAAGAAAGAGCUACUUGAACGUGCUCACUUCAUGCCGAAGGGUGACAGCUUUCGCCAAAAAGUUCUUGAAGAUACUAAGAAUCCCGCCAUUGCCUACUCUAGAGCUUAUCAAUCUUUAGUGGAGUACCAUGACCACAGUGGAAAGUUCCUCCAGUUCCUUCGCGCGGCCGUGCUGGUCUCUAAGCCCCCGGAAGAACGUGAUUGCAGGCGCAUAUGGAAGUCAGUGGCUGACUACAACGGGCUGGUUGCACGUGAUUUCAAUCGAUGCCAAAAUCGAGUCUUUCCCGCCAAGUGGAUGUUGAAUUGCCGCCGAGUUUCAUUGCUCAAUGGGUUUGAAAGAGCUGUCGAAUGGAUUAUUCAUCAAUAA